CCUUACUUUUUCAAAGAAAGUGUCAAAUCUCAAGUUUAAAAUUAUUGGAAGCAACCACUAUUUAUAAGUCAAUUCUAAACAGAUAAAAGAUGCCUAAAAAGUUCGCAACUGAAAAUUCUAAGGCUGUCGCCGCAAGAGAAAGGAAAAAGAGUGCAAAAGAAGUUGAAUUGGCGAAGAAACAGAAGGCUGCUGAAGAUGCUGCUUGGAAAGAUGACGACAAACAAGUUUUGAAAAAGCAACAGAGAAAGGAGGAAUUAGAAAAAAAGAAACAACAACAACUCGAGAAGAAGGCGGAAGCUAAAGCUUUAUUGGAAAAAGAAAUGGUAUCAAUUAAAUCUACUAAGCCUCCACCACCUUCCAAAGUUACUCGUGCCCAAAUUAGUAAAAUAAAAACUGCACCUGUCAAGAAAAAAGAAGAUGAGAAGGUGGAAACACAUUUAGAUGCUCCCUUAGUUGAAAAUAUUAAUAGAUUGGCCAUUGAUGGAGAAGAAGCUAGGAGUGUAACAGAAGCCAUUGCUGUUUUGAGUUCGGAAUCAAAAGAAGUCGACUUACAUCCUGAAAAACGAAUGAAGGCUGCUUACAAUGCAUUUGAGGAAAGAAGACUUAAGGAACUGAAACUAGAGAAUCCAUCUUUAAGACUAUCGCAGCUAAAGCAAAUGAUUUUUAAAGAAUGGCAGAAAUCUCCGGAAAAUCCACUCAACUCAAGAGAAUGAAGGGUGAUAGUUGAUUUCAACUAUAUAUAUCAACAUGAAUUGGGACAUACUAAUAAGUUAUUAUUUGUGAACAUCCUACUUUUUGAAUUAUUCAUUGUUCAAAGAUUUCCAUACUUUUUUGAGUGUGAUUCCCAAGUCUCUUUUAUAGUUUUUGUAAUUAUUUGGAGAACAAACUCAUGAUAUAUAUUCGAAGCGCACUUGUUAAAGUUGUUGUACAGAAGUUUAUUUAGAAUUAAAUUAAUUCAGACAAA